AUGGCAUCAGCUGUCUCCACUGCAACUCAGGCCUCCAGUGCCCCCAGCCCCAGCACCUCUGGGGAGCGCAACUAUGUCAUCCUGCGCUACAAGAAUGAUCUGGAUGAGAAUGCCUUGACCUUUGAUGCGAGAGGCACUGCAAAGGACCUGAUCAAGGUAAAGUAUCGCGAGGGUGAUAGGAAGAAGACGAUAUACCUGCAAUCUGCCGCAUGUACCCUCAGGUCACCCCUGACUGUGGAUGGUGAGACGCAAAAGUAUGUCGACUUUGACCUGUGGGAGACGUCUUCGAAGCAGAGCCGUGAGUUUGUGAGGAAGAUCGAGGCCAUCGAGCACAAGGUGGUCGAGUUCCUCUCGCGCAACAUCGACCGUGAGACCGAGGGGGAGAGCGCAAAGCGCCUCCUCAAGAGCUCCCUCAUGACCCUGCAGAAGGCGAAGAAGGCCUCCAUGCCCGCCUUCCGCCUCAGCACCGAAGACUUUUUCGACGAGGGCCUCUUCAACACCGAGGGCAAGGACGCUGCAGACCUGGAGGACGUGCGGGUGCAGUUUAUUGCAGAGCUGGCAGGGGUGAAGGUGGCCAAGCGCAAUGGCCUCGCCGUCUGCAUCUGGAAGCUGAGCCAGCUGCGGGUCCUGCCCGAUGCGCCCCAGAAGGACAACGCCGAAGGGGACCGCAUCGAGAAGGGCGUCAACGUCUUUGAGGUUGAGGAGGACGACGAUGAGGCGGCGCUCAUCAUUGGAGCUGCCAUCGUGAUCUUCCUGCUCUUCUUCCAAAGGCCCACCCCGAGCCCGCGCAAGGAGGUAACCUUCCAGGUCCCACUCACUGGCUCUGAUGAGGGCGUGCAAGCGUUUGUCUCUCCCUCUGGAGGCCCUUCCGUGGAAUUUCUCCCAAGCACUGAUGGCGAGCGGGUUUAUGCAGAUUAUGCCUAG